UCUCUCUCACUCAUAUUCUCUCACUCACUCUCACCAUCUUUGCCCUUUACUUUCUCUUUUGGAAAGGAAAAAAUGGGUGCACUUACUUACAUCAUCUCAAACUUUUGCACAGUUCCAGCCUCAAAGACCAAAACAAUACAGACAGUUGAGAUCAAAGUCAAAAUGGAUUGUGAUGGCUGUGAACGAAAAGUCAGAAAUGCAGUAGCCACAAUGAAAGGAGUAAAAUCUGUGGAGAUAAACCGAAAGCAAAGCAGGGUGAUCGUGAACGGUUGUGUUGAUCCAAACAAGGUGUUGAAUAGGGUAAAAAGAACUGGGAAAAAAAGAGCUGAAUUUUGGCCCUAUGUUCCACAACAUGUGGUGACAUACCCUCAUGCCUCCGGCAUCUAUGACAAAAGGGCACCCUCCGGCUAUGUUCGAAACGCGCAAACAUUCACACCUUCUGCUGAGACAGAAGAGAAAUUCAUGUCCCUUUUCAGUGAAGACAACGUAAAUGCAUGUUCCAUCAUGUAAAACAUAUAAUGUAAGCAACAUAAAAGAGAAACUAUAUUAGAUGAUGUUAUGAUUUUAUAUUAUAAUUUUAUUACAUAUAAAAAUUUAUGAUCUCACACGGCUCUUGUAGUGGAAGAAGAUCUAGCAGCUUUUUCUUGUGGUGCUUCGAAGUGUGAUGGAGAAGGGUCAAUGAAUGUGUAUCUAUAUAUCCUUUUUUCUACUUUUUGUUGAUGUGUUUCGGGACAAAACUCUGAAUUGUCAUAGCGUCAAUUAUUGAAACUUCGUGAAAACUGAAAAACGCUGAAGCGCAAUCAAACUUUAAAAGGUAUAAAUAAAUAAAAUAGCAGAAAUCAUUUUCGAAAGGUGUUGAAGGGAAUUUGAUUCUUUCUGCCUACCACAGACAAAUCGAAUAACGUAAAGGACCAUUGUUACUCCUAACUCCUUCGUUAACCCAAUGUGUAUUCAGUUAAACUAUAAUUAACUCUCUUUUUUUACAACACUGUAUAUAAAGCAUCAUCGAUAACAUAACAUGUCAGGUAAAGAACGAUUAUAAGGGACUUGUAUCAACAAACAUGGAUUGGUCAUUCGACACUAAAAAUGUAUUACGUCUGCGAUUUUAUGUCUGAACAACCAGAAUCACACAUAAAAAAUGACCGAUAACAAACUUGUAAUGAAAUUAUUAAUUGUUUAAGUCUGACGUCUAAAGGUUAGACAUAAAUUUACGUUGACUACAAUGCGUCAUACGUAAAUGUUGAAACUUAAAUUCCUAACAUUUUUCUCCGCAUCGCAAUUUUUU